CCGUUCAUGAUGGUGGAGCAGAAUGAGAUAGGUGGUGGUUGAUCUGGCGUAAAAAAUAGUGCAGCCUUGCAGCUUGCUCAACCAGGCAGCAUACCCAUGCACUAGGUGUAGGCUAGUAGGCAUAUGUAGCUCGAUCAGGCAAUAUUAUGAAUAGCUCAACGGCUUAGUAGCGGUAAUUACGAAACUAGCAGCAGUCCCUGUGAACAGGGAUGCGCGAAGGAUGGUGAACGCGCAGAAGGGAAUUCUAAUCGAAUGCGACAUCCCCAUGGCGCAGUAUAUUAUCUUUCUGGACAGCAAGCGGGGAGGCGCCGAGAAAUUCAUUCUCCAGGUUCUAGACGACACACAUAUGCUGAUUCAUGCUGAAGCAGCAGACAUGGUGCAGAAGAUGUGCCGUGAUUGGAUGGAUGCCAACACGUAUGAGAAGCCAACUUAGGAUGGAGCCAUGAGAGGGCUGCUCAAAACUGAAGUUGCAUUCUGAAACACCUAGAAUUUCCUUACGCAGCUAUUUGCUGCUGAUUUUUUUAUACAGCCCGUUGUAUUAGUACUAAGCAGAACGAGUAUGUUGCAUGUUGGGUGGGGUGUUACAGUCAAGGAGAGAAGGGAUACGGAAUAUGUUUGGUUUUCUAGGUUGAAACGGUUGUUCUAGUUGAGGAUACUAGUGUACAUUCAUUGACAUUCACC